AUGUCGUCUCGAAAACUUACCAACGAGCUCGGCAUUGCCACGCUGUCGCUUGGCAACUGGCGCGAGCACACACUUGAACCACGCCUCAAAGCGGCAGCGCGGGCGGGCUUCCAGUGGAUCGACCUCUUUGACGAGUGCUGGUCGGCCUACCUCGCGGAACAUGGCCUGAAUGGAGAGGGCGCGGCGGCGUGGGAAGCAAGCGAGAAUAACCUGGCCGUGGCGCGGAAGCUGGGUGUACUUGUGAAAUCGCUAGGGAUGCGCAUUGCCUGCACGCAGCCGCUGCGCACCAUCGAGGGCAUUCUCGACCCAGUCGAGCGGCGAGCAACGCUGGACGGUGUGGCGCGGCGGUUUCCGUUUAUGCGGGCGUUUGAUACCGACCUUGUGUUUAUGUGCUCGUCCAUCCGGCGUGACGCUGGCGUGGCGCCGGCGGAUUUGAAAAGGGUGGCGCGCGAUUUGGCCGAGCUGGGCGACAUGGCGGCCGCGUAUGCGCGCGCUGAUGGAGGGCGGAUGCUGCGGAUCGGCUACGAGGGGCUGUCGUGGGCGUCGCGCAACACGUGGUCGUCGUCGUGGGAGGCGGUGCGGUUCGCCAACCGAUCCAACGUCGGACUGGUCGUGGACGCGUUCAACGUGCUGGCCGUCGAGUUUGCCGAUCCGUACAACCCGGCGGGUCACGGGCGCAUCUUUUCCACUCUCCGCGAAUCUCUGAGGGUGCUAGCUAGGUCGAUGGCCGCCCUUGUCGCCAUUGUCCCAGGCGACAAAAUCUUCUUUUUUCAGUGCGGCGAUGCGGAGCGCAUGAACCCGGCCACGUUCUUGCCGCCCACCGACCCGGCGGUACCGGUUCUCCUCCCGUGGUCACGCAGCCACCGGCUGUACCCAUUGGAGCAGAAACGGGGCGGCUACAUGCCGGUCGAGCUGGUGGCCGCGGCCGUCGUGGCCACAGGUUACAAGGGUCCUUUGUCACUCGAGGUCUUUAGCCACACGCUCAAUCUGCCCGGCGAGAACGUCCCAGACGACCACGCGCGCCGUGGUAUGGACAGCCUGCAUGCGGUUGCCGAUGUUAUCCAAACACUUCCUCCGUUUUGGAAAGAUCCCACUGAGUUGGAGCGGGCCGUGGACUGUGUCGUGCAGAGGCUAGAGACGACAAGUGAUCCACGGGCGGCCCGUUUGUAG